AUGACUGAUGGUGAUGCACCUACUAAAGCUAUAUCACAACAUGAAUCUGAAAAAAUUACCAAAAGUGAGAUUAACAAAAAACAAAGAAUUAUAACAGGAACUAUAUUUGCUCUUAUUGCUGUUGUUCCAAUAUAUUUAGGUGUUCAUAUCUUUCAUAUAUUAGAAGCUGUACUAAGUUUUCUAAUGUUUCAUGAAUUAAAUAAUGUUUUCCGUGCCUCAACGGUUGAAAAAUACAUUGGGUAUGGGUUAUUUGUUUUUGAUCAUAUAUUGCUUAUUAUUGAUUAUCAGUUAAGUUUCGAGAUGUUCCCAUUCAUUUCUUUUAUUGUUUAUUCAUGUUAUUCAUUGAAAACUCAUGACCUUAUUAAAAGCACAAAAUUGUUCUUUGCAGCUUAUUGGUCUAUUCACAUGUUAUCAUUUUCUAUAGCCAUCCCAUAUAUAACUGGAACGACUAUGCCAUUGAUGUAUAUAAUUUUCCUUACAUGUAAUAAUGAUAUUUGGCAAUGGGCAUUUGGAAGAAUAUUUGGUAAACAUAAACCAUUUACUUUUCUUUCACCAAAUAAAUCUAUUGAAGGGUAUUUAGGAGGGUUAUUUGUGUUGAUUAUAAUUGGAUUACUUGCUCAAGAUAACUUAAUCUUUAUUAUAUUAAUAUAUUUAUCAGGUAUUGCUGGUGAUUUAAUUGCAAGUUGCUUAAAACGACAAUUAGAUGUAAAAGACUUUGGAAGUAUGUUACCAGGAAUGGGUGGGAUGUUUGAUAGAAUGGAUUCACAAAUUAUUGUUAUUCCAUUUGCCUAUUAUUGGUAUAAAUUUUUUGGAUAUCAACCUGGAUUAAUUCUGAGGUGUAUUCAACACUACUUUUAUUUUACAAAUGAUGAAUGUUCUUUAUUCUAA